AUGUCAAUGACAGCAAGGAACCGUUCAGCUAACGCUCACAAUGCAGUUCAUGUAGUUGAGAUUCUAAGAAAGUAUAAGCAAAGUUCUGGCCAAAUGGUUAAUUUAGAUAAAUCAGCUAUUUGUUUUAGUAGAAAUGCAACGGAGAAGGAGAAAAUCGAGAUAUUUUCCUUACUUGGACAACAACAAAGAAAUGAGAUGAGUAUAUAUUUAGGAUUACCAGUUAUUGUGGGACGCUCAAAGAAAAAGAUGUUAAAGUUUAUUAAGGAUAGAGUCAAGACAAAAAUAAAAGGAUGGAAGGGUAAAUUUUUAAGUAGAGCAGGGAAAGAAGUAAUGCUUAAAUUUGUACUUGCAGCAAUCCCUACCUAUGCCUUGUCUUGCUUCCAACUCCCUGAUGGAUCAUGGAUCUGGAGAAGUAUUUUCUGGGGAAGAGAUCUCUUAGUUACUGGACUAAGGUGGAGGAUCUCUGAUGGGAAAAAUAUAAAUGUUUGGAUUGAUCCUUGGAUUCCAAGAAAGAAUGGUUUUACUCCAAAAAAUAUUCAAAUGCAAAACAAUUUAGAUUUUAAGGUUGCCGACUUAAUUGACGAAGAUACGCAUACCUGGAAACUUCAUAAGAUAAGUACGACCUUUGAACCUGAAGAUGUAGAUGCAAUUUUGUCUAUACCAAUAUCCAUCAUAGGUCUUAAUGAUAAAUUACUGUGGCAUCACUCAAAAUCUGAAAACUAUGAAGUUAAGUCAGGUUACUAUUUAGCAAAGAGUUUGGCCGCUAAAAGAUUACAGAACCUGGAUAAAACGUGUAAGAUUUGUGGUCUUGAAAGUGAAGAUAUAGAACAUAUGCUAUUUAGAUGUCCCCGAUCUCAGUUUGUAUGGAAACAAAGUCCUAUUAAUUGGCCUGAUAUUGAUAACAUAACUGACUUUUCUAUGUGGUGGUACAACUUGUUCUUAAAUGCUAAGCACUUUCCUGAAUCUACUGAAUUAUUAGAUUUGAGUGUUAAUCUUAUGUGGCAAAUUUGGAAAGGUAGGAAUGCUUGGUGCUUUAAUCAGGAAAUGUUAGAGCCAACUGAGAUUGUUUCUAAAGCUCUUUUUGAGUAUGAAGAAUAUAAAGAUCUAUUUACUAGUUGCCUCGCUGUACGACAUUCAACUGGAAAUGAGUUUCUGCCUAAACCAACAAAUUUUCAUGAUGAUGUUUUAUUAUUUACAAACGCAAGAUUACGGUGUGAUGAUCAACAUGCGAGUAUUGGUGUCGCGGCUUUGAAUAGCCUUGGAAAACUGCUUCAUGCCCAUGGAUCCUCAAUUCAAUAUGUUGGAAAAAUCAUGACUGCUAAAGCGAUUGCCAUAAGAAAGGCACUUGAAUGUGCUAUUACUCUUGGAUGGAAAAGUGUGAAGAUUAUAUCUGAUGCUAAGAAUGUUGUUGAUAUGAUCCAAAAACAGGUGGCUACUUCAUGGGAGAUAGAAGUGUUGUGUGAAACCAUUUGGAAGCUAUCAAGCAUGUUAGAUCACGUCGAGUUUCUUUAUAUUCCAAGGAAGUUAAACAAAGCAGCGUAUAGUUUAGCUAAAUUUUCUAUUUCUUUGUUGAAGGACAUCUCCUGGGAGAAGUUUUUCCCAACUUAG